AAAGCGUCGUGUUCAAUUAUUUACAAUACAUUCAUCGAGACGUAGUUUGAAAUAUUCUGAAAUAUAUUGAAAUAUGGCACUAAAAACGCCAAAAGGAAGUUUCUAUCUUCAAAAUCGAUUUAACGGAUUAGUACUUCAAUUAGAUAGCACUAACAAAGGUGGAAACGGUGUAUGUUUGAAAGAAAAGGUUGACGACGGCUGCAACGAUCAGUUGUGGUAUAAAGAUGGAAAUUUCAUUAAAUCUCAAAGCAAUAAUUUAGCAUUAACUAUGAACCCAGGAAUUGCUGCAGUUGGUGGGAAAUUAUACGUUGCCUGUUGUCAGUGGAGUCCUUAUCAAAAGUGGAUCACUAAACGUAAUUUGCAAAUAGCGAAUUUAAUGGAACAAUGUAUGGUUUUACAAACAGACGAAAAUUCUAACGUUAAAGUGAAAUUAGAAAAUUGGAAAGAGGACACGAAACAACUUUGGGAUUUUGUUCCGUUAACAGCGGAAAACACGAAAAAAGAAGAUAGAUUUCUAUCAAAAAGCACAGAAAUAACUGAGAUAACACUUUAACAAAACUUUAACAAACUAUUGAUGUGUAUAGCAUACAUUCAUACUUCAUUAUUCUAUUUACAAAAUAUAUAAGUUACUUAUGAU